UGUCCCGGCACCUGCUGCGCUCCGGGAUGGUUGCGCUGCCGCCGGGCGCGCUGCUGCUGGGCGCGCUGCUGGGUGUCUGCUCAGCUGUGCUGGAGGUGCACGUGGGAACAGGCUCUGUCUACUCAGUGGAAGGGGAGGGAGCUGUGCUGCCCGCCUGGUACACCAGCAGCUCGCAGAAGAAGCCCUACAUCAGCUGGAUACUGAAAAAGGCAACUGCUGAGCACUUCCAGAUCCUGACAUACCUGGAUGGGGAGGUGAAAGUGGAGGAGACGGAGCUGAAGCCCCGUGUGGGGUUCCUGCACCCCGUCCUCACCCACAACAUCUCACUUUUCAUCAAUGCCACACGGGAGCAAGACUCAGGCCAGUAUAUCUGCUCUGUCAACGUGGUGGAUGACAUCAUCAGCCCGAUCAGGAGCAUGGCCAUAAUCAACCUCACGGUGCUGGUGCCGCCAACCCCCCCAGCCUGCAGGCUGAAGGGCAGCCCCACGGUGGGAGCCAACGUGACGCUGAGCUGCGCCUCCCAGAAGGGCAAACCCUCCCCCCUGUACAAGUGGCAGCGCCAGGAGCCCACCAAGCAGGUCUUCUUUCCCCCCGCUCAAGACCGGGCCAGGGGAACCCUGAAGCUGACGAACCUCUCGCUGGACAUGUCGGGCCUCUAUGAGUGCGAGGCGGAGAACCGCGUGGGUUCGGCCAAGUGCAGCAUCAUCCUGGAGGUGCAAUCAACCAGCGAGGGGGCCAUCAUCGCGGGCGCUGUGCUGGGCUCUGUGGGCGCUUUGGCCACCGUCGCCUUCUUCACCCAACGGGUCCUCGGCUACCGGAGGAAGAAACGCGACGGGCAGGAGGAAGCGGCCAACGAGAUCAAGGAAGACGCCGUGGCCCCCAAAACCCCCACUUGGACACGGACCCGCCCUGCAGACACCAUCUCCAAGACCAGCACUUUGUCCUCCAUCGUGGGUUCCCGGGACAGACCCUACGGAGCCUCCCCCCCCUCCUACACUGCCUCGGUCCUCACCGCUGCUGGCAGCUAUCAGGGACCCCCCCGGGCCGGGCCUCAUCCCCCCGCCACCAACGGGGCCCCCCGGCACCCCCCGCAGCCCGUUGCCCCCCCGGGUGGGCUGCCCCCCUCCAGCCUGGCGCGGGCCGGAGCCGUCCCCGUCAUGGUGCCCGCCCAGAGCCGGGCCGGCUCCUUGGUGUGACCCCCCAGAAAAAGGCUGUUCCCCUCAGCUCCCUGCCCUGCCCACUUUUGGGGGCUUUUUUACCCUUUUUUCCAUUUUUUCUUCAUUUUUUUGUAAAGACGCCUGGAGCAGCCGGACUUGUCCUGCGGUGUUUAAUGGGGCGGGAGGUGCCCCGCUCUGCCCUGGGGGGGCCGCGUCUCCCCGCCGAUGCCAGCGCCCCGAACCAGCCCCGCUGGGUCCACUUUUUUUUAUGUAUCGAUGGAAAUGGGAUAUUUUUCAUAAAAGAGCAUUAAAAGUGUUGGGGAAAGGGUUGGAGGUGGCGAUGGGGGAGGG